AUGGUUAAUGGCAUUAGCGAGGUGAAUGUGUAUGACAGGCUACUACAGAGAUGUCCCGUGACGAAGCUUCAUGAUGGGUUGAAAAGUGCAGAUUCCGAGAAGUUACGGGAUCGAUUAGUGACAAUAUUGGAAGUCAAUCCAUAUUAUGUGAAACAAGUGAUUAGAGUUAUAAUAGACAACAAUUAUCACAACGACAUCGAGUGGUUCUAUGAGAAAUAUGUGGACUUGUUACAAUACAGUAGUAUGGAUUCCAAGAAGAUGGAUAUUAUAAGAUAUAUUUUCAAUGGAGAAGUGUACGUUGAUAUCAAUGAGAGACCGAAUUUGAUCAGUGCAAUGAGUACGACGGGUUUCAGAACAUGGGAAGCAGCAUCGUAUCUUUGUGAUUAUAUCAGUAAUGUGGAUACUGAGAGUUUGAAUGGUUGCAGUACAGUGUUGGAACUCGGUGCUGGGACAGGAUUAUGUAGUUUAACUCUGCUGAAGGGGAAAUUCCAAGAUGAUUUGAAGAAAGUUUAUGUAACAGAUGGAGAUACGGAAUUGAUUAGUGGACAAUUAUUGUCCAACUUCAAAUUGAAUGAGAUGGAACAUGAGAUUGGUCAGAAAGUUAAAUUACAACGAUUGUUAUGGGGGGAAGACUCUAUACCGAACGAUAUUGACUGUGUUAUAGGAGCUGACGUUACUUACGAUGACACGUUAUUCGAUGAUUUAUUCAAAUGUUUACGACAAUGUUUUGAAAUAGAGAGUUGUAAAAUGUGUCUUAUAGCCAGUACAAUUAGAAACGUUGAAACUGACAGAAAAUUUCUGGAACACUGUCAUGAUAGUGAUUUUAAAGUUGAAAUCAUUCAGAGUACUGAAUUAGAUCCACAAAGUAAAGCAAGAGUGGAACAAACAAUUUUAAAUAAACCAUUGAUUGCUCCAAUCAUGAUUUAUAAGAUAUAUAAGGAGAUAUAG